AUGAGAGAGAUCUAUCAGUUGAUCUUCCAUGGAAACUCGGCUCCUCAUCCCUAUCCCUCAGUGCAUUGUCUGAAAACCUUCUCCCAAGGACUAGAGAUCCGAGGUAGAUACAAACUUCUCAGGCAUGUCAGAACGGUCGCCGGAACGAGGCGGUCGACGAAGGAGAGAGUGAAGUGGACUUACCACAUCCCGCCAAUGCUUGCCACGAGGCAGACUCUGUCUGAAAGGAAGGUCCUGGGAUUGCGUUUACAGACUAUUGACAGCUGCUUCUCAUAUUGCCUUCGGGUACCCAGGAAAUCAUUUUGUACUCUGACUGGAAUCUUGCCACAGAAUUGGCGCGCAAAGGCAUUAUCAAAUACCCGCAAAAUUCUAUCAUCGAGACGAAGGCCACGACUCUUGCUGUCUGCUUCUAUUCCUAUUAAGAUGCCCGACGACAACUGUUGGUACUUGGUACCUCAACCCACCCACGAAGACCUGCGUUCCGACAAAAUCUACAGAAGUUGUACUGAAAGCCUGAGCAAGGGGUGCCUCGGUUUCCCUGGAUAUUUUCGCAUCAUAUGCCUCUGGGGUGGAGAAGAAGUCUUCAUUCGAGAAGAAGCGGCCCAAGGUCAAAUGUUCAAGACCUGGCGCGAGAAUAAUCCGGUCGCGGUCGUCAACUUCCGCCAACGGGCCUCCAAAACUGGCUACUGGGAUCCCAUCAGAAAUGAUCUUGGACAUACCAUCUUCUAUUACGGGCAAUUCUUCCAGCGUGUCGACUUCAACAAGGCCUACGAGGUCUUUGCACGCAACCCUCAGCCUGAGUACGCCAAAUCGCGGACUCUGUUCUGUUUAGGGGAUCGGGCUGUGCCUGCAGAACCGUGGACGGCACACGUGGUCGGAUUGGGAGAGGAACUCGAUUUAGAGACUGUCGAUUCAGCAAAUAAUGCCACUGAUGCUGUUCAACUUUUUAGCGACAUCUACACCAAUAUCUUCAGGUACUCUAGAGGGACCAUCGACGGUAACCAAGCCCUGUCCGCCGUCUGUCAAGCUUUCCGCCUCUUCCCGGACGCCGUAAAAGUCUUGAGGUCAAGUUUGAGUCCUCAGGGACAAGCCGAUGCCUUCAGUGGUCCGCUGAUCUUUCCCGCACCGGACUUCGAAAACGGAUCCGUAGGCUGCCUUUCCGUUAAAGCUCUAAAUUUCGGGAGAGCAGCGAUCAUAGCGCAUCCUGCAGUAUUGCACUUGAUCGCCAGGUUUAUUCAUGUCUACUUCCUCAAGGGCGACGUCACUGACCGCUACCGUGGUAGCUUGUUUGAAAUUGUUUGCUUUCUUCGUUUAGAACAUAUUCCAUGUUAUGACACGACCAUCUCGACCAACGGCGACUCCUCUCGCCGUCCUCAAGUUUGUCUGCCGCCUGAGAGUUGGACUCACGGAAUUGAGGAAAUGAACAAGCGGGACAGUCAAAAGGACAUCGACCGCCUUGAGGCUUUCAUCAAAGGACUCCCCUUGGUGCGAAGGAUGAACAGGGCGAUGGCUAUCGCAACUAGCUGA